AUGGUGUCAAUAAAUUGUUUAUGCCUAGGAAAGACUUCUUUUGAUGAUACUUUUGUGGUUAACAUUGCUAAUGAUAGCGAUAUUUGUGGUUCUUUGAUCAAUAUUAACAAUUUAAGGAUUUCAGACCUCAAGUUCCUUAUUUGGAAUAAGAAAAAAGCUACGUUAGGAAUUAAUGAUUCUGACAUUAUGGAUCUUUGGAAGGUUAACAUCGCUUACAAUGAUGAAAACAAGCUUAAACAUGUUACUACUGAAGAUGAUAUUAAAAAAGAGCUUGGAGGCAAGAAGUUGGUACCCAUCCUCUUAGUUAAGAAACUUUUUUUGGAACAAUCGCUUGUAGAUGAGAACAUUCACGUCAUCGUACAAUUGCCCACUGCUGCUGAACCUUAUUGGAAUGAUGAUUCUUCUGUCUACGAGUGGAUAAAACAAUUCAAACCAAACCGUGGCCGAAACCUACUCGUUAAAACUUAUGGCAAAGACUUCAAGUUUCUUCAAAGAGAUGACACUAUUAAAGCCCUUUGGAAAGGCACAGUGAUAGCUGGAAUUGAAGCCCGAUUUAAAUAUCGUAAUGUAAGUGACAAAGGCCUUCAUCCAAUUCCUAUCUUAGUGGGUGGACCUGGAGUUGGAAAGAGCAGAUUUCUGGAUGAAGUUGAACGAUUGCUCGGUCAAUAUGCUAAUGAGUCUGACGAUGAAGAAAUACGGAAGGCUUUCACCAAUAUGACUGUCAUAAACACCACCUACGGGAAUGGAUCCCCUGCUGGAACUAUGGAUGUAAAUUUUGGUGCUGAGGCAUCACUUGCAAUUCGUAUUCUAUAUGAGUACUUUCGACCUAAUCAUAACUAUGGCAGUUUAGAAUUUUCUCAUUUUCAAUCACACUGCUAUAAUUAUUCGAAUAUUUCAAGCUUUACCCUGAGCACUGCUCUCCGAAUUAUUUAUGCUGAUGUUAUUAUACAAAAGAAACAAGAAAUAAAUUCUAAUCCUCUGCUUGUCCUGGUUCUUGGCAUUGACGAGUUCAACAAAUUGCAUGAUACCGAAAAAGGCAUCUGUAAGGAACUUAUUAACGCAAUUGGAGGAGUUAUGUGUCGUCCACCUCCAAACAUUUAUUUCAUUCCUAUUCUCGCUGGAACAAUUGAAGAACACUUAUAUGAUUAUAUUUCAGGUUCUAUGCAUGAAAUACUUCCCCUCCCACUACGCUUACUUAAUGAUGAUGAUGCAAUCAGAAUUGGUAUGAAAAUGAAUUUAUUUGAUGAUAAAUAUGUCAGACUGCAUCCUUAUUUUCGAAUAAGUAUUUGUGAUAUUGGAGGACAUGUGAGAACAUUGGAGUAUUACUAUGAGUAUUUUGCACAAAAAUUUGCAGCAGAACACAAAAAACUAAAAACAGAAAAAAUGUCAAAGGAAGAGAAAAUAGAAACAGCUGUUCAUAACGUGAAUAUCAAGAAAAUCAUGGAAUUUGUUAAACAAAAAAUUAUAGAUAAAUAUUCUCUUGAGCUAAACUCACAUUGGUUGACAAUACCACUUGCAAAGGCCAUAUUGGGUUUUCCAGUUAAAAAAAUGGAUACGAUCAUGCUCAACAAAAUAUCAAUGUCAUACCAGGAACUUAGCUCAAUGGGAGUUGUGAACCUGGUUCCAACAGAAGAACGUGGAGAAUACCUUAUUCGCUUACCUUAUGUGUGGGUAUGUGCAAUUGUUGAAAGUUCUGAUGACCAUGGGAUGAUGUAUUUGAAAUUCAUGAUGUUAAGAUAUGAUGAGCCAUGGCAGAAUUUUGAAGAUUUUAAUGCCAAGUUCUGGGCAUUACGCCUCAGACUCUUUCAUUUAAUAGGAUAUAAGCAGAUUAAGUUGAAGACUCUUUUUAAAGGUGCGGAUUUCUCUCUUAGUUUUCCAGAUGUUGAAGUUGAUUUACCUAAAAUUAUAGAUAUCAAAUUGUACAGAUCACUACAUCGAUACCCAGUUACUAAAACUUACAAGAAUAAUCAAGUGAAAUAUGAAAACAUGACAGAAGUAAGAAAUGGUUAUAUUGACCUUGAUUUACUGAAGGAAGGUAAUAUCAAGAGAUAUAUUGGUUGCUUAUUUUUUAAUGCGCCUGGGGAGGUUAACCAAGAAUUAUACGAUAAAACGUAUGAAAAGGUUGCUGAAGCUAUGAAUAAGGCUGAGGUGAAAGAAUGGGUUUUAUUAUUCUUAACGAAUGCAAAUAAAGAAAACAACCUGUCUAUAGAUAAUAAACCAAACAGUGCAUUAGUGUCUAUGAAAAACUUUCAAAAGUUUUAUGGAUAUACAUAUGCGAGUCGUGCACAAUUUGCAUCUGCAAACGAAAAAAUAUAUUUCAAUUCUGCACCUGUUGAGUCACUCACAAUUCUUGGCUUCAAUGAAGAAGAGAGAAAUAAUAUACGCCUUAAACGCAAAGGACACCCCGGAAAGGCUUGA